CCACAUAUCGCAAAUGAAAGUUGUAGAGAUGCAGCGAUUUUUAGGUUAUGAUCGGCGAUGUGGUUAUCAACAUGUGUUAUUUUUCCAAAAGACAGAAAUUGUCUUUAUCGCUAAUUUAUAACAUUUCUAGUCGUUUUCCGUUAAGAUAAUUCUUGGAGGAUCCAAAAUGUUUUCAAGUUUCUCAAAAAUUGAUGCGCUAGCAGUUCGCUACGUUAAUGAUGUCGUUUGUAUAGGAUUGGGCUCUGUUUUGCAUACAUUAAACAAAUCGAAUCAUAAAUUACUAUUUAAAUUAGACGUACUCUAUCCUGAGAGGAUACAUGCUAUUAUCCAAGCGCCGGAUAAUAAAUUAAUUAUUUACGGAGGAAAAAGUUUAAGAAUUUGCAAAUUAGACAACAAACUAGAAAAUAUUUCCGAUAUUUACCGUUUUACGGAUUGGAUAAUUGCGGCAGGAUGUGCAGUUAUUGAAAAGGAAGUAAAAUUAAUUAUCCUUUUUGCUCACAAUAAUUUAUAUAUUUGUGAUUUAUUAAACAAACAACAUGAAACCAUAUGGUGCCAGGAAAAAUGUAUUUUAUACGGUGGUAGUAUUUAUAACAAAAAUUCAGGAGACGUUGUUGUCUUCAGUGGAACGGUAUUUCAAGAAAUACUCGUAUGGAAGACAAAAAUCACAGGAAGUAAUGAAGAUGCGCCAAUUUUGCAUCGACUAAAAGGACACAAUGGUGUAAUUUUUUCCGUUUUUUAUGAUCCCUUUACAAAUCUCAUCUGUUCAACUUCGGAUGACAGAACAGUACGAUUGUGGGGCAUGCAGUAUGAAAAAGAAAAGAUACCUGAGAAUUCUCUUGUAAAAUGGGAACAGGUAGAAAUUUCUCUGAGAGCCACAAUGUACGGCCACACUGCCCGAGUUUGGAGAGCAAUGAUAAAAAAUGAUACAGUUGUCAGUAUUGGCGAAGAUUCUCAAAUUUGUCUCUGGUCGACAACCGGGCAGUUUUUGAAAAAAAUUCACGCCCAUCAUGGGGCUGCUAUUUGGAGUGUAGAUGUCUCAAAAACUGACAACAGAAUGUUAACUGGCGCAGCCGAUGGCUCAAUUUACGCCUGGCCUUUUCCUUUCACACACGAACCCGAAAAUUCCACAAUUCUCGAAAACCCUGACAAAAAAAAUCCAAAAUUUGCAUGCUGCCUCAAAAGCGGGACAAUUUUAGUCAUAAAAGAGGGAGGAGAGAUCAAUUGUUUUGAUCCAGUUUCCCAUAAUUUGAGCGGAUCUCACAAGCUUCCAAAGUUUUCCGAUUAUUUACUGAUGCAAGUUUCGCCAGAUCGCAGGCGAAUCAGUUUGGCUUCAAAAGACGGAUUUGUCACGAUUUAUCAGGAAAUAAUUUCCGAAAAAGGAUCAGAAUUAAUGUGGCAAGUCACGGAAAAAAUUUUGGAUUCGAAGAUUUUCUCGAUUCAGUGGCUAGAUAAUGAUGCAAUUUUAAUUUGCGGUUCACUUGGUCGAUUAAAUAUUGCCAGUGUUGGAUCGGACGGGGAAAUAAAAUUAAUUUCUGAUUAUAUUUUGCCGGAAAGUCGAGAACGGUGGAUAACUGCUGCUAUAAUUUAUGAAAGUUUGUUAAUUUGUGGAGACAGAGCGGGAAGUGUUUUUGUUUUCAAGAGCUUGCAAAAACCGGUGCAAACUUUUUACAAAAUUCAUGGCAAAUUUGGAAUUCAAUCGUGCAGAAUUCGGGCCGGAAAAUUGAUAACUGCUGGACGAGACGGUCAGUUGAGAUUUUUUCAAUUGAGGAAUGAAAAUGGGGAAUAUUUUUUGGAUUUUGAGUCUGCGAAAAAUAUGCCGAUGGAUUGGAUUAAUAGAGUUGUGGAAACUGAAGAGGAUCAGUACGUUUUCGGAUUUAGUGAGAUUGACUUUGUAGUCUACAGCAUCUCUUUGCGACGAAUAUUAAUCAGAAUUCCUUGCGGGGGAGGACACAGAUCCUGGGACUGUGUUAUUAAAAAAAAUAUAUUAAAAUUCGUCUUCAUCCGGGACAAACAUGUUCACCUGAUCAAAUUUCUUCUCCACAAGCUCGCUCUACCUCCCCUUGUCGAGGGUUUUCAUCUCAAAGAAAUUUACUCUCUCCAAAGUCUCAAAAAUUUCAAAAAUUCCUGCAUUUUUAUUUCCGGAAGUGAAGACUGCUCUCUUCGCAUUAGUGAAGCAGUCAAGUCAAAAACUCGAGGAAUUGAAGAUUUCAAGACACUCGAGAUUCUGGAUGGUCACAUAUCAAAUGUGAAAUGUCUGGCUAUUUUGAAUUUGGAAAAUACGGAAUUUUUCUGCAAAAAUUUGCUCUUCACGGGGGGAGGAAGGGCCCAAUUAAAAGUGUGGGAAUUGAUUUUGAAAUUGGAAAAGAAUUUCUUGAAGAGUGAAGAUCUCAGCUGCAAAAAUCUGGAUUCGUUCAUGUUGAGAGGCACUGAUAAGGAACGAAAAAAAAUUAUUAAAGCCUUGAAGAUGAAUUAUGAUGUCGAUCCUGAGACUAGAUUUAUGGAUAUAAAUGUCUACGUGAAUCCUGAGAGCUCGGAUUUAAUUUUCCUUUUUGUUGCCUGCUCUGACGGAUUUCUUAGAAUAUUUUCAUUUAACAGAGACGAUCUCAAACUGAAAAUAGAAAAUACUAUUGAAUAUAGUCGUUGCAUUUUGAAAGUGCAUUCAUUUACACACGAGGAUAAUUUAAUUGUACUGACAAUGGCGACCGAUGGUAUUAUAAACUUUUGGAAUUUUAGUUUUAUAAAAAAUCAGGAGAAGGAAAAAGAGCUUCCGAAACCUUUUACGAAAAUCCAUAUACAUCAAUCGGGCAUUAACAGUUUUGAUUUAGAAAAAGUUGAUGGGAAUUAUUUAUUAGUGAGCGGAGGCGAUGAUAAUUUACUUAGCCUGAUUGUUUUUAAUUUAAUUCUCCUUGAAAACGGAAACUUAUCGGCUCAAAUUGUAAAUAAAUGGAAUUCCUCGACUUGUCAUUGCGCACAAAUAACAGGUGUAAAAUUCUGCGAAGGAAAACUAUAUAGCACUAGUACCGAUCAAAAAGUUAUUGUACACAAAUAUUUUUACAAAAAUAUGGAAUUAUCCGUAAUAAAAGAGAAUGAAAUCAUCACUUGUGUGUCUGAUGUUCAAGGCAUUACUUUGUGUGCAAGUGAUGAACUUGGUGACACACUCAUAUGUACAUAUGGAAAAGGAAUUGAGUUUCUUGUUGAUAAAAAAUAAAAUAAUAACCGAUACUUUUGUAAAAAUUUAAUAUCGAAUUUUUACCAAAUUUGUGUAAAUAAAUGCGUUACAAUAAAU